CCCCCCCCCCGUGCAAGCCCGCGCGUGUUCAAUGCGUGAUGCACACCUGCCCGUGCUGCUUCACGUGACCGCCUCUGACCCCGAGGGAUUUGCGGGAGCGCUCUCGGCAAAUCCAGCUCGAAGAGGAGGACGCGGCCCCCCCGCGGCAGCAAACUCGGUUUCGGUCGGAUCUCGCGGCAGCGUGUUCGUUGUUGGAGCGGGAUAGACGGGCGCCUCUCCGGAAAGCUGUGGGCUCCGUCGCAAGGAGAGCGUCUGAUGGUGAUAAAAGCUGAGGAUCUGAACUUGCCCGGAUCCGUGCUGUGAAACGUCUGCUGCGCUGUUUUCCCCAGACGGUCCGGAGGGUCGGGCGAGCCUUGCUGGUUCAGGGUCCCAGCUCUGCAGCCUCCGGACCUGAUCCGGAGAGUUGCUCUCAGGAUUGUCUGUGAUGGAAGCGACUGACGUGCAGCACCGUUUCGGAUUAGUCCGUGCGGGACUCUCUUUCUCGCUCCGUUCUUGACCCUGCCCCUAGAUUAGGGGGUCUGUCUGAAUCAACGCUGCUGUAGCUUCCCCCCCUCAACCCCCACAGAAGCUAAACUGCAACCUGCCUGAAGAUCUGAGCCGUUACUCACGUUGCUUGUAUUUAGUCCGGCGAUGCAGAGUUUGAACCUGGGGUUUCGGAUGUGAAAGGUCAUGCGCCGACUUGCUGCACACCUUGGCCUUUUGCAUCGCUUGGAUCUGCUGUGGCCAUCGGCGCUGGGAAGUCCUCCUGUGGGAGAAGGGGCACCCGUCAAACACUGGCUUUUUGCUUCUAGGUCCAGCAACAUGUUUCAGUUACCGCUGCCUCUGGAUCGAGAUGGGAUCCUGUUUCGACUUCGCUUUACCACCCUGGCGGUUGGGACCGUGUGUUGCCCGCUGUUUGGGUUUCUUUUCUGCGUGAUCUGGUCUCUGCUGUUCCAUUUCCAGGAGACGACGGCUACACACUGUGGCGUCUCAAAUUACCUGCCCUCCAUCAGUGCAGCUAUCGGAGGUGAGACCCCUCAGCGUUAUGUGUGGCGUUUGUGUAUCGGCCUGCACUCGGCUCCACGCAUCUUGGUGGCCAUCGCGUACUGGAACCACUACCAGAGUUGCCACUGCACGCACCCUCGCUACCUUCGGCUCUGCCGCUUCAACUUCGGGCUCAACCUGCUUGAAAACAUUGCUCUCCUCCUUCUGACAUAUGUGUCCUCAACCGAAAAUUACGCAGUCCACGAAAACGCCUUCAUCCUCUUUAUUGCUUCGGCCUUGGGUCAUAUGCUCCUGACGUGCAUACUGUGGCGAAUGACUAAGAAACACACAGUAAGUCCCGAGGAGCGCAAGUCCUACAGGUGGAAGCUGCUGUUGUUCGUCUUCAACCUCUUCACUUUCACCCUGGCCGUGUGCGUCUACUUCCACCACAACUGGUACUGCCAGCCCGGAGCCUACACCAUCUUUGCCUUCCUGGAGUACCUGGUGGUCCUCUCCAACAUGGCCUUCCACAUGACGGCCUUCUGGGACUUCGGCAACAAGGAGCUGGUGGUCAGCUCGGUGCCGGAGGACAAGCGCUUCUAGCUGACGCUUCCCGCCCAACAACCGCACUGUCCGCGCCCACGAUGACCAUGGGACUCCUACUGCCGUGCUGAGCAGCGGGCGUCUGGGGAGAGCCCUGGCGUGACAGGAGAACAAAGAGGGCAUUCAGGCUGAGUCUCUGGCAGGCUUGCGGCACCGCUGUGUUUGCAAUGGUGAAUGGUGCCUCCAAACAGCCGGCUGGGGCAGGGGGUUGUGCCUGCCCAAAAGACGCUGCUCAGACCCGUCGCUGCAUCUGAGCCUCUGCAACAACAUUGCAAGCGUGGAACAAUCGCGGCCCCAAUUGAAGGGCAGAGCCAGUGGCCGGCUGGGAAUCCUCCGUGAGCAUGGUUUGCUGCUUGGAGCUGCCUGCCUACCAGCUCUCAGCCUGUCCAAGGUCCCCAAUCUGGGCCAUGGCGGGGAAGAAAGCUGGAGGAAACCCCCUGCAAGGAAGGACUAUCUGCUUGUGGGGUCUGAAGGCCCUGGCCGGCACCACCGGAAAGGGCCUGACCUUGGCAUCAGCCUGGUCUCGCCGACAUCCUCAUCCGCAUGCCCCUCGCUGCUCUCCUGAGCUUCCAGGCCAAGUUACGGGCAGCCGGGGGCUGGAUCCCCCGUGCACCCUGGGUUCGCUCUGCCGGGCUGAGUGAAGCAGCUCUUGCCCCAGGUUGGAGCCCAGUUGGUAGGGGAGGAGCAGCUGGACUAUUUAGAGGGGAAUCAGCUACAGCACCACCGACGCUCCUCCUCCUGACCACCUCCCUCGCCCCUGCUCCUGUGAAUUCAGCACAGGUGGGAAGUGCCGGGCACGAGCCCCAGUGCCGACCCCUCCGGCUACCCCACCACCGUGCCUUGUGGGGCCACGUCUGGCUGACACCCAGCAGCGAGGCGGGGGCUUGGCGAUGGCUCCUGAGGUCUGCGUACACUGUACCAAUGCACUGCUGAAUUUCGACAGCUUCUGGCCCCACCUGCGUGGCCACCCUCUCCCAGCCUCCCUCCAGCAGCUGUAUCACCUGGAGCUGAACGCCCCAGGUACAUCACCCCUCGGAUGUUUUCCACCAGGGCCCUGCUGAUCAGGACAAAGUGACCCUACGGCAGGGCACUGAAGGGCCGGAGCUAGCCCCAGCAGCUCAGCAAAGCAGAGGGCUGGGAGCCAAGCCGGUUACUGCCCACGGGCUCUGGGUGCCAGGUUUCCAGGGACUUCCAGGCACGAGGAGGAGAGCACGGAAAGGAUGGGUCAGAGGGCCAGAGCGGUGGGUGCAUAGCUGAGGGACCAAACAUGCUGGUUUAGGCCUCGUGCCAGCAGCAGGCCUGCAGUGGGGUGGCGAGGCAUGAGUCCAGACACCUGUGGAGCCCACGUUGGCCAACCAUGGCAUAGGUAAACCCCUGGUUUGCUGCAUCCAGCUGGCUAGGAGCUAGCAGGGGGUUCCCCUCAUGCACCCUUCUCUUGACCCACACUGCCAGACCCCCUGGCCAGACCCCAGCGGGCAGCCCCUGGGUGAGGGCACGGGCUGUCAGGAGAAGCUCAAGCUAGAGAAGCUUCCUUCAGCACAGCAGCCAGGGGAUAGGAGGGGUCUGGCCGGGGCAGCAGCAGAUGGAGCAGGGACCCCGGGUACAUGUAGGGGCAGACACAGGACCCGUUUCGGAGGACCCAGGGCUGAUUGAGGUGGCCCAAGCACUGACUGCAGCACAGACAGGACACGAUCCCCUUCUCCGGCAGGUCGAUGGGUGCCUGCCCCCUGCCCCGUCUGACUCCGGGGAGCCUCUGAGACCACUCGGAGAGAGGGGAGACUCCCACCGGGCCGGGCCGCUCCCGAGCCCAGCAAGCACAAGGCCACCCCAGCUGUCUGCCCAGCACUGAUUGCAGCCGGGGCUCCCAGCAGCUCGCUGGACCGCGGCGCGCACCCUGCAUGCACAGCCCUGUCGGCGCUCUGCUUUCCCUGCCUGGUUGAUGUGUGUGUGCGUGCGCGCGUGUGUGUGUGUGUGCGUGUGCCUGGCCCGCGUGCCCCUUGUACAGCCAGAUGUAUAUUUUGCAAGGAUGCAAUAAAGCACUGAGUAUUUUUGUGA